AUGGAUCCACACAGUAGUAAUGCUCGAAACAUAGAUGAUAUUGAAUUUGAAGAUGUCGAGGUCAAUGCCGGUCAUGAUGCUGCAGAGCAAUAUAGGAAUCCGACAUCAGACAACCACGUUCUAUUAGACGAUGAUGAAAGAUUGUAUAUUACUGAGGUAGCUUCAUCAUGUGUUCCUGUUAUCGGAAUGGAAUUCUCUUCCAUAGAGCAAGCAUAUGUUUUUUAUCAGAAAUAUGCCAAGAAGGGGGGAUUCUCUGCUCGAAAAGGGGGUGAACAUCAUGUUGGUGGUAUUAUCAAGACUAAAUACUUUGUGUGUUCAAAGGAGAGGCAUAAACCACAGGAAUUUGAUGAUCCUUAUUCGAAGUUGUCUAAGCCAUAUAAACGUAGGAACAGACCGACUAUUCGAACCGGAUGUAAAGCACAAAUUAAGCUUUGUUCGACGGAUGGGGUGUUGUAUAAGGUUGAUAAGUUUGUUCAGUCGCAUAAUCAUUCAUUCGUGUGCCCCAAAGAUAUGCAUUUAUUACCAGCUUAUAGACAUCUUUCCGAAACACAAGAAGAGAUGAUAUGGGAGCUUGGUACAUUGAAUCUUGGGCCAGUGAAAGCCUUCAAUAUAAUGAGACAAAGAUACGGAGGUUUUGAAAAUGUUGGCACAACUAAAGACGAUUUCAAGAAUUUUAGAGCUAAGAUACAUAGCUAUAUCGGAGAGUAUGAUGCAGAUAUGGUUAUCAAUAGGUUGACCGAUAAAAAGCAGUUUACGGCUGAUUAUUCAUUCGUUCAUUCAGUCGAUGAAAACAAACGAUUAACUGGCCUGUUCUGGGCCGAUGGGUAUAAAAUGGUUUUUGUACCUUUUACUGGUAUUGAUAACCAUUGUCAGAAUGUGACGCUUGGAGCCGGGUUGCUAGCAUCCGAAAGCAUUGAAUCAUACAAGUGGCUUUUACAAUCAUUUUUGGACUCAUUUGGUAAGCAGCCGAAGGUGGGACAUGAGUUGUGUAACAACAAAGAGUUCAAGAGAUGUAUGUGUGAUAUUGUAUGGACUGAUUCGAUUGCGCCAGAAACGUUUGAGAGAGAAUGGAAGCUGAUAAUGAUUGAAUUCGGUCUAAUCGAGAAUAAAUGGAUUGAUGAUAUGUUUGGCAUGAGAUCUUCAUGGAUUCUAGCUUUCUAUUGUUAUGAGCCUAUGUCUGGGCUUACGCGGACCAUCUCCAGAUCAGAGAGCGAAAACCAUUUUUUCUGUCAAGUGGCGAAUUCUCAACUUACCCUUGUUGAGUUCUUUAACCAUUUUGAUGGUGCAAUGGACGUGCAAAGAUUCAACCAUCGGAAGAAUAACCAUAUAUCUAGAAAUGCAACCCCAGAUAACUUUUCCGAAUCUACUUUAGAGGUUGAUGCUAUGAAAAUUUACACCAGGUCAAUUUUUGCUGAUCAACAGCCAGAGUUACAAGGAACACUGUCCGAGUGCCUUCCUAUGGAGACUAAAAUUAAGGAACCGUUUUUGAAGAUAAGUAUGAAGGAUUGGAAAGCCCACGGCGAUGGUUUAUUAGAGGUUUGUUUCAAGAAAGGGGAGGACAUGUUCAAAGUGAAAGAAAUUCCCAACAAGUACGUUAUGAGGAGAUGGACCAAAGAUGUGGUACCGAAUGAUCUAAAUAAUACAUUUGAUUUAAGUGUUGAUGAUAAUGAUGCACAUAAAAAGGCCAAAGAGGUUGCGUAUGAGAUAAUGCAGACCGGAGAGUAUCUUAUUGGUAACUUGAUGAAAUAUUUUGAUCAUCUACUUAUAGUCAGGGAUCGGAUGAGGGAGAUGAAAGAAAUGGUUGAUGAACUUCGCAUAACCAAGCCCAUUGACCCUAAGUUUGAUAGAUAUUCAAGGUUAAUCGGUUACAAGAAACCGAACACUGAUGCUCCACCUACAGGUAAAGCUAGUGCUGCCGAUAAGAAUGCCGGUAAGAAGGGGAGGAAAAGAAGAGCAAUACAGUUAGAGAAUGAUCCUGGUUUAGUUGACGAAGAGGACAAGGAGGUAGAAACUGGUGAGGAAGAGGAGGAGUAUGAGGAGGUUGACGAAGCAGAUGAUAGUGAUUCUGAAUGGGAAGACGAAUGCGUGAUUAAUCAUAACUAUAAACGACUAUCUGAAUCGGAGAUCUCAAAUGACCAUUAA